CAUGGAAAGGGAGAGAUGAGAUGGGAGGGAUGCGGGCUGCAGCAGUCCGCGUGCAAAGCGAAGCGGAGUCUCAAGCCUUCCAGCUCACGGGAAGGGCUUUGCGGAGCUCCACGCGUGCAGAGCGGCUGCUCCCGGGGCGGAAGUGCAUCCCUGGAGCCGUUCUAGGAAACCCGGAGGACCCAGCGUGUCAGUGAUCCAGGGGCUGAAGUGGGCAUCGCCGGGUGCACAGGGAUGGUCCAGAUUGUUGACCGGCCAGCGCCGGCCUGGCAGUCCCGGGGUCAGCGUGAAAACUGGCCUAGGAGGCUGGAAAAGGCCAGAAGGCAGCGACCCGCUGACCAUCUGUGUCUCCAGCCAGUGCGGCGCGCGCUGAUUGGCUGGAGUGCCCUGGGCACCGGAAGUGGCCGGUGCCCGUCGCCAGUGACACCGAGACAACAGCUGCAGUGUGGGUGCGCCACGGUGCAGCGCCCAGAGCGGAGCGAUUGUGAGAUGGGUACUGAGAAAAAGGAGGUGAUUCCCAAGGAAGAAAUUUCUGAAGAAUCUGAGCUACAUGGGCCAACAUUAGAAAAACUUUCAAAGGUGGUUUACCAAGGUCAUGAAUUUGGAGCAGUAUGUGAGGAAGACAUAUUAGAGGGCCAUUCGAGGAUGUCCUCAGAACAGAUUAUAGAGCAGAUGUCUCCACAGGAGAGAGACUUUACAUCAGGGUUGAUUAUCUUUAAGAAGUCACCUUUCGAUGAAAACGACCAGGAUAAUAGUGAAAGUGAGAGAGGCUACAGUCCCAGCCCAAGUGUAGUGAUAUAUCACAGAGAUACAACAGCAUUUACUACCUCCAGCCAAAACUUCAUAGAGAAUUUAGAACUUAAGAAAGCACAGAGGACUUCUGUGGGAGAAAAACCUCAUACAUGUAAAGAAUGUGGGAAAGCCUUUAAUCAGAACUCACAUCUCAUCCAGCAUAUGAGAGUUCAUAGUGGAGAAAAACCCUUUGAAUGCAAAGAAUGUGGAAAGACAUUUGGAACUAACUCCAGCCUUCGAAGGCAUCUGAGAAUUCAUGCUGGAGAGAAACCCUUUGCUUGUAAUGAGUGUGGGAAGGCCUUCAUUCAAAGUUCGCAUCUUAUCCACCAUCAUAGAAUUCAUACUGGAGAGAGGCCUUAUAAAUGUGAAGAAUGUGGUAAAGCCUUCAGUCAGAAUUCAGCCCUUAUUCUUCACCAGAGAAUCCACACUGGAGAGAAACCUUAUGAAUGUAAUGAAUGUGGGAAGACAUUUAGGGUUAGCUCACAGCUUAUUCAACAUCAGAGAAUCCAUACUGAAGAAAGAUAUCAUGAGUGCAAUGAGUGUGGCAAAGCCUUCAAGCAUAGCUCGGGGCUGAUCAGACACCAGAAAAUUCAUACUGGAGAAAAACCUUAUCUGUGUAAUGAAUGUGGGAAAGGCUUUGGUCAGAGUUCUGAGCUCAUCCGUCAUCAAAGAAUUCAUACAGGGGACAAACCCUAUGAGUGCAAUGAAUGUGGGAAAACUUUUGGCCAGAAUUCAGAGAUUAUUAGACAUAUUCGAAUUCAUACUGGUGAGAAGCCCUAUGUAUGUAAAGAAUGCGGGAAGGCCUUCAGGGGAAAUUCAGAACUUCUUAGACAUGAGAGGAUUCACACUGGAGAGAAACCCUAUGAAUGUUUUGAGUGUGGGAAGGCUUUCAGGCGAACCUCUCACCUAAUUGUCCACCAGAGGAUCCACACUGGAGAAAAACCCCAUCAGUGUAAUGAGUGUGCAAGAACCUUUUGGGAUAACUCUGAGCUGCUUCUUCACCAGAAAAUUCAUAUUGGAGAGAAACCUUAUGAAUGUAGUGAGUGUGAGAAAACAUUCAGCCAGCACUCCCAACUUACCAUUCACCAGAGGAUUCACACUGGAGAAAAGCCUUACGAGUGCCAGGAAUGUCAGAAGACCUUCAGUAGGAGCUCUCACCUCCUACGACAUCAAAGUGUUCACUGUAUUGAAUGAUCUGCGAAACAGGAACGAUUACUGUGGAAAGGCUGAAGUCAGACUUCUUCAUUUGUUUAUAAUCUGAAUCCCAGGUUCUCAGAUCAAAUGAAUGGACAGAACUUCCUAUACCUUUCUACUGAGUUUUAUUUCAAUAGUUGGUUGAAAGCGAUGAGGUACUUUUAUGAACUAUUUAUUGAUGUGUUUCAGUGUACUGAGUUAAAUCAUAAAAGUUGUUUCAGGUCUUAAUUCUCCUCUGUCCCUUCUUCCUUCAUUCUUCCCUGCUCCAUAGGAGUCUGAAUCUGGCAUCUAGCCUAAAUUAUUGCCCUGUAAAAAGCAGGGAACAGGAUUCACCACCUUCUAAGAAUUUCAGAAUUGACUCAUUGUACAUUGUCUUCUGAGAUGUUAGAAAAUCAUGACCUAGAGGACCUCUCAUGCUCCUGCCCACUGCUUAGCCUGGGAAUAAUUUAGUAAGCUGUUUGUUGUGCCUCAGAAUCUUCCAAUGCUGUCACAUUCCCUGAAGAUGGCAAGGUUGAUGGAAAAGCAGGAAGCCUGGGCCUUUUCACAUUUCCUGCCAGCCUUCCUUAUUUAUUUGAAGAGGGUGUCAUGAAGAAGGAAACAAUUUAUGGGAUUGUAAGUGCAAAUCUGAGAAUCCAGAGAGGCUGAUUAGGCAAGGCCAGGAGAGAAGCAGUUGAAGCCAGACUGCUGACAUGGGCAGAAGAGGCUAUCCCUGCAUCAGGGCUGUUAACACCGACUUUCCCCAAGAAUCUGCUACACACACUUGACCCUGGCUUCUGCUGCUGCUGACAGAUCCUGGGUCAAGAAGUAGCACACAGAACUGUGUUGCUAUACGCCAACUGGCGGUGGUGGUGAGCUGGACAACCUGACUAACCAGGCCUGGCCUUUCCAAAGCACUUGAGCUCUCAUGACCUGGACCCCAUUGCUGGGGACAGCUCUUGCCUUGUCUGAUAGCCUUAGAAUUCUUUUUUCAAUGUCUCUACGUGUCCACUGUGUUCUCUAUUUCUCAUGUCUCCAUGCACUAAAGAAAACCUAACAGGCCUGAGAGCUACACCUUCAGUAAGACACUUGCUGGUCUCUAAUUUUCCCAUCUGCAAAAUAAGAGGAGUUGAACUAAAUGAUCUCUGAAGUUUCAACCAGCCUAAUAAUUCCUUGAUUCUCUUAAAAAUAUAAUACUAGCCAGGUCGGGUGGCACAUGCCUGUAGUCCCAGCACUUGGGAGGCAGAGGCAAGUGGAUCUCUGUGAGUUCAAGGCCAGCCUGGUCUACCU